AGCAGCUAGCUACGUAUAUAAGCAAAGAGAUAGAGGGGCUCGGGAGAGAGGUACUGACACAGGGAGCCAAGGGAGACAUCGAGUAGCCUCCAAAUUGCAGAUCGAUGUCCAGAAGUCCUCCUUAAUUUGGCUUCAUCACCGCCAAAUUUUCUACCUAGAUGUAGAGAGGGAAUCAAAGCUUAGACCAGACGACUGGGUAAAAAAAAAGAUUAGACCAGAAGACGGCCAGACGCAAGAGGCGACGGCAAAAUGGACGGCCACUCGCCGCGGCCUCAGCAGCGCCUCCGCACGCUGGAGCGGGAGGGGAGCCACAACUUGGACAUCGAGAGCAUGGACGGUGGCGGAGGAGGGGAUUGGCGGCAGAACGGCUCGGCGGCGGCGCUGCUCCGCUACGACGACAGCGGCAGUGGCCGCGGGAGCGUGCGGGAGCCGCUGCUGCGGAAGCGCACCCUGAACACCACCUCCCAGAUCGCCAUCGUCGGCGCCAACGUCUGCCCCAUCGAGAGCCUCGACUACGAAGUAGUGGAGAAUAACCUUUUCAAGCAAGACUGGCGAUCGAGAAAGAAGAAGCAGAUAUUUCAAUACAUUGUUAUGAAGUGGACUUUGGUGCUUCUUAUCGGGCUCUUGACUGGGAUUGUUGGCUUCUUCAAUAACCUCGCGGUAGAAAACAUUGCUGGAUUAAAACUGUUGCUUACAAGUGAUCUUAUGCUCAAACAAAGGUAUUUUACUGCAUUUUUUGCAUAUGGAGGUUGCAAUCUAGUCUUAGCAUCUGCUGCAGCGGCAAUAUGUGCUUAUAUUGCACCUGCAGCAGCUGGAUCUGGGAUUCCUGAAGUCAAAGCAUAUCUUAAUGGAGUUGAUGCUUAUUCUAUAUUGGCUCCUAGUACACUCUUUGUGAAGAUAUUUGGCUCAAUACUUGGAGUUUCAGCUGGAUUUGUACUUGGAAAGGAAGGCCCGAUGGUGCAUACAGGGGCAUGCAUUGCCAACUUGCUUGGUCAGGGAGGGUCACGCAAGUAUCAUCUUACAUGCAAUUGGCUAAGAUAUUUUAAGAAUGACAGGGAUAGGCGAGAUCUAAUUACAUGUGGGUGUGCGGCUGGAGUGGCAGCUGCCUUCCGUGCACCUGUUGGCGGUGUCCUGUUUGCUCUUGAAGAAGCAGCAUCAUGGUGGCGAAGUGCUCUUUUAUGGAGAACAUUCUUUACAACUGCUGUUGUUGCUGUGGUGUUGAAGGGUCUGAUUGAGUUCUGUCGAAGUGGAAAAUGUGGUCUCUUUGGGCAAGGUGGAUUGAUUAUGUUUGAUCUCAGCUCAACUGUUGCAACUUACAGUACUCCGGAUUUGAUUGCAAUAAUUCUCCUUGGAGUAAUUGGUGGCAUCUUCGGAGGCCUCUUUAACUUUCUCUUGGAUAAAAUUCUCCGUGUUUAUAGUAUUAUCAAUGAGAGAGGUGCUCCGUCCAAGAUCCUUCUCACUAUGACAAUAUCAGUUAUCACAUCAAUGUGCUCCUAUGGUCUCCCUUGGCUUGCUGCUUGCACCCCAUGCCCUGUGGAUGCCAUGGAGCAAUGUCCCACCAUCGGUCGCUCUGGCAACUAUAAGAACUUCCAGUGCCCACCAGGGCAUUACAAUGGUCUUGCAUCACUGUUCUUCAACACAAAUGAUGAUGCCAUUCGCAAUCUCUUCAGCAAUGGAACUGAGACUGAAUUCCAUAUGUCUAGUCUUUUCAUCUUUUUCAUCGCUAUUUACUGCCUCGGUCUUGUGACUUACGGCAUUGCCGUCCCAUCUGGUCUCUUUAUCCCUGUUAUUCUUGCUGGAGCCACAUAUGGGCGAAUAGUGGGUACGCUUCUUGGAUCCAUAUCCGAUCUUGAUCCUGGCCUUUUUGCGCUUCUUGGUGCAGCAUCUUUUCUCGGUGGAACAAUGAGAAUGACUGUGUCAGUCUGUGUGAUUCUUCUAGAGCUCACCAAUGAUCUGCAAAUGCUCCCUUUGGUCAUGCUUGUUCUUCUCAUAUCCAAGACCAUAGCAGAUAACUUUAACAAAGGGGUUUAUGAUCAGAUAGUGGUAAUGAAAGGUUUGCCGUACAUGGAGGCCCAUGCUGAACCAUACAUGAGGCACUUGGUUGCUGGUGAUGUUGUGUCUGGCCCUCUAAUCACCUUUUCAGGUGUUGAGAAGGUAGGGAACAUUAUUACCGCAUUGAGGAUCACAGGCCACAAUGGUUUUCCUGUGGUUGAUGAGCCACCUCUAGCAGAAGCACCUGAGUUGGUUGGGCUUGUGAUCAGAUCUCACCUAUUAGUUUUGCUGAAAGGCAAGAUGUUCAUGAAGGAGCGGGUCAAAACCAGUGGUAGCUUUAUUCUGGAAAGAUUUGGUGCCUUUGACUUUGCCAAGCCAGGGUCAGGGAAGGGUUUGAAAAUUGAGGACCUAAAUUUCACUGAUGAAGAGAUGGAAAUGUAUGUGGAUCUCCAUCCGAUUGCAAACACCUCACCAUAUACAGUGGUUGAGACAAUGUCACUAGCAAAAGCUGCAAUCCUAUUCCGAGCACUAGGAUUGAGGCAUCUAUUGGUUGUGCCAAAGACCCCAGACAGGCCUCCCAUUGUUGGAAUUCUCACAAGGCAUGAUUUCGUGCCAGAACAUAUUCACGGGCUGUUCCCGAGUCUCAAUCCUCACAAAUUCCAUUCAACCUCGAUGGGAGGUUGACUGUGAAAAGGUUUUGUCUCCUCUCAUUUACAAAAAUUGGACUGUGCUGGCGUCAUGUAAAUUACAAAAACGUACCUGGUAUCUGUUGGACAGAGCUUGUCUUCUCUACAUUUAGCAUGCAUGCUCUUUCGCAGUGAUAAUAAUUUGGCUGCGUGGUUGGUUCAGUUGCCUAUUGUGAGCCUAUGACAGGAGUUGCUCGGCAAACUGCAGAGUAAACAUUCAAAACUCAUGAAAUUGGAAGAUAAGCAUCUAUACAAUGUAAAGUUGCUGUAAAGCAUGUUUGAGAACUGAGCGCUGAGGGUUUAUUUACAGCGAACUUUUGAUACUCCUGUCAACUGUGUUAUUCACAUUUUCUCAUUCUCAUGUGCAAGUAUUUACUAUUUA